AUGGCUUCAGUAACAGAUGCCAGAUACAGGCAGAAAGAUACUUCAGAUCAAAAUUUUGAUUACAUGUUCAAACUCCUGAUCAUUGGCAACAGCAGCGUGGGCAAAACAUCCUUCCUCUUCAGAUAUGCUGAUGACACUUUCACACCAGCCUUCGUUAGCACAGUAGGAAUUGACUUCAAAGUGAAAACAGUUUAUAGGAAUGACAAGCGGGUGAAACUGCAGAUUUGGGAUACAGCUGGACAAGAAAGAUACAGGACCAUCACUACAGCCUACUACCGAGGAGCCAUGGGCUUCAUCCUCAUGUAUGAUAUCACCAGUGAAGACUCCUUCAAUGCAGUACAGGACUGGGCCACGCAAAUCAAGACUUACUCCUGGGACAAUGCACAAGUGAUCCUGGUCGGAAACAAAUGUGACAUGGAGGAUGAAAGAAUUGUUCCUGUGGAGAAGGGGAAACAUCUGGCGGAUCAGCUAGGUUUUGACUAUUUUGAAGCUAGUGCCAAAGAAAACAUCAACGUAAGGCAGGUGUUUGAGCGCCUGGUGGAUAUAAUCUGUGAAAAGAUGUCAGAGAGUAUAGAAUCAGACCCUUCCAGAGGCACUUCUGGAAGGGGCAUGCGACUCACGGACAACCCACCCCCUUCGCAGCAGAACUGCUCGUGCUAGUGACCUUUCUCGCUGAGAAAUGUCCUCCUCCUUUCCUGACUAAAUUUUAUCUUUUCAUUUGUGGUGGUGCAUUAUCACGUAGUCCAAAGGCAGAAGUCUCUGUUGUAGGAAAUUGAUAUGUUUGUUUGAUGUGCCGAAGUGUUAAUAUUAUAUAUUUCCUCAUCCAAUAAUUAAAAAAAAUCUGACUAAAUAUUGUAAGUGCACCUAGUGUUAAUGUGAGUUACACUGAAGAAAAAGAAUUGUAUAGUGUUGCAAAUGU